AGAGAGAGAAUCCAAAGCGCGCAAGCGGCAGCCAGCGCGGCGGCGUGAGAAAAGAGGGAAGCGGCCAAGGAAGUCAGGAGGCGAGGGCGGCGGAGUCAGAUGGGGAAGUACAUGAGGAAGUGCAGGGGGGGCACGGGCGAGGAGGUGGCCGCCGUGGAGGUCACGCAGGUCGUCGGUGUCCGGACGAGGUCGCGGUCCGCCGCGGCGGCGCCGGCGGUGGGCCGUGUCGCGAAGAUGACCCCGAAGAGGAGGAAGGCGCUUCCGCCAGGGACGGAGGCGGCGGGGGACUCGGCUGCCGUGGGUGCUGCUGGUGACGGCGGAUGCUGCUACCUCCAGCUGCGGAGCCGCAAGCUGUUCAUGGCGCCGCCUCAGCAGCAGUCGGCUCCAACGCCGGCUGAGGCUGCUGGUGCCGGCCAGGAUGCGGCACUCGCUGCCGUACUCUCGCGCUGCUCCAGCACGGCGUCUUCGGUGGACGUGUCGGCUCAGGGAAGGAGAGCUGCUUGCCGCCCCGAGGCCGCGGAGGCUGGCGGGGAUCACAUACCGGAGGGAUCGGCGAGCAACUCGGGGAGCGGCCGUGACCGCGAGAGGAGAGAGACGACGCCGUCGAGCCGUGCGCACGGCGAGGUGAGCGAUCUGGAGUCGGAUCUGGCAGGGCAGAAGAGCGGCCUGUCGUUUCCGGGGGCGACAUCGGCGGUCCGGCCGAGGAUGCCACCGGCGGACGAGAUCGAGGAGUUCUUCGCUGCGGCCGAAGAGGCCCAGGCCAAGCGCUUCGCUUCCAAAUACAACUUCGACGUCAUCCGCGGCGUGCCCCUCGACGCCGGCCGGUUCAAGUGGGCUCCGGUGGUCAGCACCUGAAGCCAGCAAGCGUGCAAGCAACGGGAAGCUAGAAAAGAGAGAAGAAAAAAAGAUGCCCCUACAAGAAUACCGGAAAGGAGAAACCAAAGAAGCAUUAUAGCCUAACCACCAUUCAACUGUUUUUCGUUCAUGUCUGCUCUUCCUUAAUUAGCUUGUAUAAUUGCAGUAGUAUUCACUCUUUAUUCAGAGGUUAUCUUGACCUACAUAGAUCAUCCGCUUACUGUAAUUGCUUUCCUGUAUUUUGGAUGGAAUUUAAUUUACUGUACAGCAGCUAGCUGUCUUGCAAA